UGGACCCUUUAAUUUGAUAUAUAAAUCAUCUCCUCUCUUUCUUUUCUUUAAUUUUCCAAGAAAAAAAUAUAUAGCAACAACAACAAUAAAUGAUCAUGAACUUAAAGAAUUUCUUCAAGAAGGAUUCUUCUUACAACAAGGAAAUAUUGUUGUUACAUGAUGAAAAAAGAAAUGGCUGCUUCAUUUAUUUCAACAAUAUUCAAGAUUUUGCUAAGAAAGCAAUUGAGAUGGGUAAAAAUGAUCCAAGAAAGAUCAUUUUUUCAUUAAAAAUGGGAUUUGCUUUAUUUUUUGUGUCUCUUCUCAUUUUCUGGAAGGAACCAUUUCCUGAUAUUGCUCAGUUCUCAAUAUGGGCAAUCUUAACAGUUCUCAUUAUGUUUGAGUUCACCAUAGGAGGAACACUUAUUAAAGGGUUUAAUCGUGGCUUGGGGACCUUUUGUGCUGGGAUGCUUGCUUUCAUCUUUGUUCAAUUAGCAUUAUGGGCUGGAGAAUGGGAAAGAGUUGUAUGUGUUGUCAGCAUUUUUAUCGUAGCAUUUAUAGGAUCAUAUUUGAAGUUAUAUCCAACAAUGGCACCAUAUGAAUAUGGAUAUAGAGUAUUUAUCUUGACAUAUUGUAUCCUCAUUAUGGCUGGAAAUAGGACUGGGGGAUAUAAUGUGGCAAUUCUUACACGUUUAGCUUUGAUUGCUCUUGGUGCUUGUAUUUGCUUGAUUAUUAACAUUGGUAUUUGCCCUAUUUGGGCUGGUGAAGAUUUGCAUCGAUUGGUCGUUAAGAAUUUUAUGGAUCUUGCAACUUCCUUGGAAGGUUGUAUCGAUGGAUACUUAAAUUGUGUUGAGUGUGAUGAAGCUAUAAAUCACUCGGAAUAUAAUGGCUAUAAAUCGGUCAUAGAAUCCACUAGUCGAGAGCAAACAUUGCUUGGAUUUGCUAUUUGGGAGCCACCUCAUGGGCGUUAUAAAAUGCACAAAAAUCCAUGGAGAGAUUUUGUUAAAUUAAGCAGUGAAUUGAGGCAUUGUGCAUUCAUGGUCAUGGCAUUACAUGGAUGCAUCCAAUCAAAAAUUCAGGCGCCGCCAGAAAAGAGGAAGGUUUUUCAAAAUGAGCUUAAAAUAGUCGGUAUCGAUGCUGCAAAAGUUCUACGUGAGCUAGGAACAAAAUUAGAGAAAAUGGAAGCACUAAAUAGUCAUGAAACUAUUCUAAAAGAAGUGCAUGAGACAGCACAAUACCUACAGAAAAAAAUAGACCAGAAGUCAUACCUAUUGGUCAACUCAAAGAAUUGGGAAAUUGGAAAACCAAACAUUAUUAAAAAUCUUGAUGAUUCUUCAAAUGAAAAUUUUCCAUUAGAUUUUCAAUCACUUAGUGAAACAGCCAUUGACAUAAGGUCAUUGCAUACAAAUUGGCCACAAUAUGCAAAAGAUCAAUUGGUCACAAAGUCAACAUUAUUUAAAAAGCAAAAUCAAUGGCCUUCAUGUCUUUCACUACUUGAUGGUGAAAAGAUUGAUACAAUUGAUGAAAUUGAAACUUAUUUAAGUGCUAGUGCUUUGUCUUUAGCUACUUUUGCUUCACUUCUCAUUGAAUUUGUUGCAAGACUACAAAAUGUAGUUGACUGCUUUGAAGAACUAAGUCAAAGAGCAGAGUUUAAAGAGGCUAUUAGUGUUUAAGAGUUAAAGAAUUUACCAAUUGUAGUUGUCAUUUGUUUAAUAGUUGUGUAAGGAGCAAAAGAGUUGAAUUAGAUAAAUGAAAUUUGUAUAUUGGUGUAUAUAUGAGGUAUCUCGUUUAUCUGAAUAAAUAUAUACUCAAUGCAACAACAAAAACCAUU